GUCCACGUAAAAAUAGAUUUGCGCAGUGUGCAAAUAAGGUAUUGAAGUUGAAAUUUUGCGAGUUGUGGAAUUAACGAUUUGAAUUUUGGCGAAAAUUUGGUUUUGACACGUUCUUUGACGUCUGAAGGGUUGAACGAAGUGCAUCGUUGGGUUGGUAAGAUUGUCGCUAAUUUUCAUUUAUUAGUGGAAAAUAAAAAUGGCGGAGCCUGAUCUAAACGUCGACAAUUUAAUUCAAAGAUUAUUAGAAGGGUAUAAAACUCUACGAGAAUUACAAGAAAACCAGGAUGUUAAGAAGAAAUCUAAAUUCAAAGAUAUGUUCAUAUCUUCCGAACUACGAGGAUGUCGUCCCGGAAAGUCUGUACAAAUGUCCGAGGCGGAAGUCCGCGGACUUUGCUUAAAAUCCCGAGAAAUUUUCCUCCAACAGCCCAUACUUUUGGAACUGGAAGCUCCCUUAAAAAUCUGCGGGGACAUUCAUGGCCAAUACACAGAUCUGCUCCGUCUUUUUGAAUAUGGGGGCUUUCCUCCUGAAGCCAAUUACCUGUUCCUUGGCGACUACGUUGAUCGUGGUAAACAAUCGCUAGAGACCAUCUGCCUGCUUCUGGCCUAUAAAAUUAAAUAUCCUGAAAACUUCUUCCUCCUCAGAGGAAACCACGAAUGCGCGUCGAUUAACCGAAUAUACGGAUUUUACGACGAAUGCAAGAGACGGUACAACAUCAAGUUGUGGAAAACCUUCACCGAUUGCUUCAACUGCUUGCCAAUAGCUGCGAUAAUCGACGAGAAAAUUUUCUGCUGUCACGGGGGGCUCAGUCCUGACCUGCAAGGCAUGGAGCAGAUCCGUCGUAUUAUGCGCCCGACCGAUGUACCUGACACAGGUCUGCUGUGCGAUUUGCUGUGGUCCGACCCUGAUAAAGACGUGCAAGGUUGGGGUGAGAACGACCGCGGAGUGUCAUUUACUUUCGGCGCUGAUGUCGUUAGUAAAUUUUUGAACCGUCACGAUCUAGAUUUGAUCUGUCGCGCCCAUCAAGUGGUGGAGGAUGGGUACGAAUUUUUCGCAAAAAGACAACUAGUCACGCUUUUCUCAGCCCCGAAUUAUUGCGGCGAGUUUGACAACGCUGGAGGGAUGAUGAGUGUAGAUGAAACGUUAAUGUGUUCUUUUCAGAUUUUGAAGCCGUCGGAAAAGAAAGCCAAGUAUCAAUACCAAGGAGUGAACUCAGGACGUCCCUCAACGCCUCAGAGAAACCCAACAACUAAAAAGAAAUAAAGUCGAGUAAUUGACACCUCUUUUCAUUUUUAUUCAACUAAUGCAUUUGUAACGUUUAUUCUCUAAUACUGCUAGACAGUCAGUCGCAUUGUGUUGAAGUAUUAUUAUUUUGUAUAUUUAUUUAGUUUUGUUCAUUUUUUUUUAAUUAAAUUGUGAUUAUUUUGACUGAUUAGGAGUUUUCUUUUUGACUGACUGGUCGUAUUUCUAUUGUAAAUAAAUAUACGCAAUUAUUAAUUUAUUUAGGAACGAGACCAGUGAUUGGUGUAUUAUUUAAAGAAACUAUUGUUAAAUUAUCUUGCUUGCAUUUCCAUGUGCAUCAUAAAGUGGCCCAGCCAAAGACUUUGUGAUUGGUCAUUAAAUGUUGUAGAAGAAUCAUUUUUCUUUGGUUCCUAAAUGCUGCAAUCGCAUCUUGACAUUUUGCAAUCACCUCUUUGUAUAGAAAUUGGCAUAAACGCGAUUUUUUCACUCGUACUAUCGUUUAUGUUUUAUAUUUUAUUUCGUUCUAUUGACAAAUCUAUUUCACCUAAUGUACUUUAAAUUUGACAAAUAAAUCUAUAUAUUACUA